AUGGAGGGCAGUUCGGAAUGUCACUGUAGCGAUCCCAAACGCCAGCGCCGCUCCCCAACCAAGAAGGCCGUGCUGUCUGCUGCCGAGGUCGAGGACGACGAUUCCGAGGCUGACCCCGCCGGCAAGAAUGGCGCUGCCACCACAGCUGACAACGCUGAGGUCAAGGCUGAAGGCGCUGCCGACGAAGCCAAAGCCGACAAAACUAUGAUCAAGGAUACGUUCGGCGAGAACGCAGGUUGCCGGAACUGA